AUGUCUCCCAAAUAUUCUCCUGAUCGGGACGUCACGGAGCUUUUCAACCGGCAUCGCGUAACAAACAUUCCCUCCGAUCAGAGAGCACUCCUCGAAAGGCCGGACUCGUGGGCAGUCGAGCUAGAGAAUACGCCCCACGGCCUUUCGCAUCUUCCAGGACACGUUCUCGAGACAGUGAAAGCAACGUAUAUUGCUAAAAAGCACGUGAUUCAAGAGCAUACUCUGAUCUCAAACAAGCGCAAUGGCAGUCCCAUAACAUCAACACCCAAUAAACGGCAGCGUAAUGGUAUAACGAGCACACCUAGAUCCGACCAUGCCAAGCCACCACAAUCAUCCCCCGAGCGUGCUGUGUCCUGGUCUCCAACGCCGGAGCCCAUUCCCUCAAAAGACGCAGAUUGUAUAGCGGUGGCUAUAGUUGACCAUAACACUCAGUCAUCCAUUGUUCACGAAACACCAAAACCAGGGCCAGGCUUCGGACGCCCACAGCGGCCGAAUGCAAAGCCAAUCCUUGAGAACCCACCUUCGUCUGCGGAGACUGAAGACGAUUUGGAAACACGGAUUCCUGAUGCUCAGCCUCUUCACAAUGGCUCCGUGAACAAAACGGCAGUGCGGUCUAAACCAACUGCACCAUCUCCGCUUUCCACCAACGGGACCAUGGCUACACCGCCAUGCGCUCAACCGAGCAACACAGCUCCAACGGUGGUGCCAAAUACAGAAAAUAUUCGCAGGAGUGAGAGCCCAAAGACUCGUCGAUUAAGGUUCAAGCCAAUCGUUCUUGACAGUUGGGAACGGAAUAAGAAGAAAGGUUGCAACGAAAAAGAUCGUCUGCCACCGACUAUAAUGCCUCCAAAAGUUAUCGACGAUUCAAUGCCAACGUCGUCCGAUUCUAUUAUUCCAUUCACGGGCAUACCCAUCACACAAGAGUCCGUCAGGGAUAUUAGAGAGUCAAUCGAGAUGAAGGAAGAUGAAACGAUGGGCAAUGUAGAGGAAGUUGUUCCCUCAACGAAUUUCCAUGGAUCAACUGCGGAUCGCCCGAUGGUCGACGGUACUGACAAGAAGCCAAGUGCCGAGAGCAAGCCCAUACAACAACCGACCACGUCUUCGCAGAUAGGUUCGUCAAAAACGACAGCGGCAACAAAUCCUCAACCACAGAUAAAUGACCAAAUGGUGAAAGAAGAGUCACUUGCUCCCGUGCCACUUAUAGCGCCAGGAGCUCCUCUGGAACCCUACGAAGCAUUUGUGCAACAAUAUCCAGACUACCCCGGUGAAAACGGGGGUGACAAGUUGCCCGGGACCAAAUCCAACUUCAUUUAUGCAUGUGUAUACCUCAACUACCUACGCCCAAGGAAGCAGCUUCGAGACUGCCUCUAUGAUGAAUUCAUCCGAGCUUACCCGUGCUCUUAUGGGGAGUACAUCAAACGCUCCCGUAUUGAACCUAUGGUUGCCAUAAAAUGGUUCAAUCAGCAAACAGGCCCCUUGGUGUAUAAUAAAUAUCUUGUGAACAGGGGCAACUUGAGCCAUAUCCUCAGAUCAUACCCGGAGGAGUUUGCACGUGCGAAUGAGCUGGUAUCCAAGAAAAGCGAAGAUGAUGCUGGCGGGGAUGAUCUAAUGAUAUAUACAAGCUCAGAAGACGAAGGUGACUUGGAUGAGGACGACAGCCAGCGUUCGGUUUCCCCACCAUCCCAACGUUCUUCAGAGAGGGAAAGUGUCGAGUCACCACAGCCAAUUGCAACUAUCGAGAAUGAUAUGGAAAUCGACCCCCCUGAGAUCCCGUCUGCGCCUCCUUCAACUUCUAGCAAAGGAAGGCCAUCAUUGGCAUCGACGAAUGAUUUGGAGAUAAUCUCGAGGCCUGUGCCAACAGCGAAGCACAUUACUCCCGCACAGUCGAAAAUCAGACGACAGAACCCAGCUUCAGAGAAAAGACCACUCCAGUCCUCACGAGCUCAAGAGAUCUUGACUCAACCUCCUCCACCCACUUCGCCCCAAAUGCCACAAACCUCAAUGUUACCACCAUCUACUAUAGGAGGCUCAGCAAUCAAGUCGACGGCUCCUCGACAUUCACAGUAUUUCAAAAGAAUAUCCGAGGACCUCCGGAAGGCGACACCGAAGCAACGCUCGGCAAAGGAUCUUGAAAAGCUUCGAGAGCAUUUCAGAAGAUCGAAAGGGACAGGGGCGCAAGAUCGUCGAAGCAGCAGUGGCCGGUUUGAAUAG